UCACUGCCGCUGUUUUCCGAUCGGUACAAUGAGAUGCUAGCGCACACAUUUAUGAGAAAUGUCAUUUAAAUAACGUUAGCCGAGUAGCUGUGUUAGGUUUUUUAAGCCGCAUUUUAUUUCCAAAUGAAUCUGGAAAAAGUUGUAUGGCAGAUUCCUUGCUUGCUAGCUAGCUAAACUAACGUUAAUGAAUGUAGCCUAAUCGACGGUGUUUUGAUAGCUAACGUAGCUAGCUGCAUCAAUUUAUGCCCCACGAAGAUAAUGUGCCGCAGUUGGACUAUCUUACAACGUCUGAAUGGCAAGCAUGACAAGCUCAAUUUUCUGCCCGUUCAUGCAAUAUACCGUUAGCCAGCUUGCUAAUUAGGUACGAUAUGGUGUGAGGAGUGAUGCUGAAUUCAUUGCUCUCGAAGACUGGACAGAGCCUGCCGUCCCGCUGCAGCUGACGGACGAAGCCAUGGCACAGUUUCCCUCGCCUUUCGGAGGGGGCCUGGAUGCCUGGGUUAUCUCUGUAGACGAACGGGCCAAACAUGACCAGCAGUUCCACAGCCUGGCCCCCACCCCGGCCGGCUUCAUCACAGGUGACCAGGCCAGGAACUUCUUCCUCCAGUCUGGCCUGCCUCCCCCCAUCCUUGCUCAGAUAUGGGCUCUCGCUGAUCUGAAUAAUGAUGGUAAGAUGGACGCCCACGAGUUCUCUAUCGCCAUGAAGCUGAUCAAGCUGAAGCUGCAAGGUCACCCCCUGCCCCCGUCGCUGCCGCCUGCCAUGAAGCAGCCGGCCCUUUCCCUGCCCCCCGCCCCACCCUUUGGUAUGGCAGGUAUCCCCGGGAUGCCAGGUGUACCGGGAGUCCCCCCCGUGCCCCUGCCUCCUCUCGGGGGAGUGGGCAUGUCCCCGCCUCUCCUGUCCUCUGUGCCCCCGCCUGUUCCCCCCAUGGCCAACGGAGCCCCUGCCAUGAUCCCGCCCCUGAGCGGCUUUUCACACCCAGCGUCUGCACUCAACAAAAGCUCCUCUUUUAAUCGUUCCAGUGGCUCGCUGCAGAAAGGCCAGUCCUUUGAAAAUCCCAGCGCGGCGGCCGCCCAGCCCCCCUCGGACUGGGCCGUCCCCCAGUCCUCGCGGCUCAAGUACCGCCAGCUCUUCAACAGCCAGGACAAGAUGAUGAGCGGCCAUCUCACGGGGCCUCAAGCGAGAACCAUCCUAAUGCAGUCCAGUUUACCACAAGCACAGCUAGCCUCCAUCUGGAACCUGUCGGACAUCGACCAGGACGGGAAGCUGACAGCAGAGGAGUUCAUCCUGGCCAUGCACCUGAUCGACAUGGCCAUGUCUGGUCUGCCGCUGCCCCCCGUCCUACCCCCUGACUUCAUCCCGCCCACUUUCAGGAGAGUGCGCUCGGGCAGUGGGAUCUCAGCGGCCAGCCUGCACGUGGUCGAGCAGUGGGUCCCGGAGGAGCCUGAGGAGGAGGACCCACAGAGCAUCGAAAAGAGGCUGCCAGUUACGUUUGAGGAUAAGAAGCGGGAGAAUUUCGAGCGAGGGAACCUGGAGCUGGAGAAGAGGAGGCAGGCCCUGCAGGAGCAGCAGAGGAAGGAGCGGGAGCGGCUGGCUGCUCUGGAGCGGCAGGAGCAGGAGAGGAGGGAGCAGGAGCGCCUGCAGCAUGAGAGGCGCAGGCAGCAUGAGCUGGAGAAACAGCUGGAGAAACAGCGGGAACUGGAGAGACAGAGAGAGGAGGAGAGACGCAAGGAGAUAGAGAGGAGAGAGGCGGCGAAGCGGGAGAUGGAGAGGCAGAGGCAGCUGGAGUGGGAGAGGAGCCGCAGGCAGGAGCUGCUGACCCAGAGGAACCGCGAGCAGGAGGGCAUGGUGCAGCUGAAGGCCCGCAAGAAGACCCUGGAGUUUGAGCUGGAGACGCUGAACGACAAGAAGCAUCAGCUGGAGGGGAAGCUGCAGGACGUGCGCUUCCGUUUGUCCGCGCAGCGGCACGAGAUCGAGAGCACCAACAAGACCCGCGAGAUGCGCAUCGCCGAGAUCACGCAGCUGCAGAGGGAGCUGCAGGAGUCUCAGCAGUGGCUGGGCCGGCUCAUCCCGGAGAAGCAGUGUCUGAACGACCAGCUGAAACAGGUCCAGCAGGACAGCGUGCACAGUGACUCCCUGGUGACUCUGCGGAAGUCUCUGGAAGUAAAGGAGUCGACCCGGCAGCAGCUCCGUGACCAGCUGGACGCCGUGGAGCGGGAGACCAGAUCCAAACUGCUGGAGAUCGAUGCCUUCAACAGCCAGUUGAAGGAGCUGAAAGAGAUCCACAAUAGGCAGCAGAGGCAGAAGCAGAAGGAGGUGGAGUCGGGGGUGGAGCUGCAAAAGGAGGUGGAGUCAGGGGCGGAGAUACCGGAGAAGGGCACUGUGGACUCGCAGGAGGCCAGGCUGGACUCUGUAGAGGACGGGGUGUCGUCCGUGUGGGGGGAAAAGAUUGGGGAGGAGCCCCCAGCACCGCCCCCCCAGCCCUGGAUGACACACGUGUCAUUGGAGGAAGGGCGCAGCUUGAAUGACGUGCAGGAAAAGCUCAGCAAACUCUUCACCCCACAGCCUGAAAUCGGCAAACCGGCUACACAGGCACCUUGGCCAACGGGAGAGAAGAUUCCAGUGACAGGGUUCUCCCAGGACAGGGUGAAGGUGGUGUUUUAUAAGGCACUGUACCCUUUCCAGGCUCGCAGUCAUGAUGAGAUCACCAUUAAUCCUGGUGACAUCAUUAUGGUGAAAGGGGAACGGGUGGAUGAGUCUCAAACGGGCGAGCCAGGCUGGCUGGGUGGGGAGCUGAAGGGGAAAACCGGCUGGUUUCCCGCCAACUACGCCGAGAAGAUCCCCGAAACGGAGGUCCCCGCCAGCCUGAGACCCGCGGCCGGCUCAGGAUCCCUUCCCAGACCCGCCGCCAGCGUCACGCCCAGCUCUGUCGCGACCACGCCCACGCCCACGCCCACGCCCUCUCCCGCACAGACCCUGCCCGCAACCGCCACGCCCACCCCGCCGACAGGCACCACGCCCUCCCCGGCCCCACCCACCCCAGCCGCUGCGUCCACCUCAUCUUCCGCUUCCAGCAACUGGGCCGACUUCAGCACCACGUGGCCGUCCAGUGCAGCAGCAGAGAAGCCCGACUCAGACGGCUGGGACGCCUGGCCCACGCAGCCCUCCCUCUCCGUACCCAGCGCAGGACAGCUCCGCCAGCGCUCCGCCUUCACCCCCGCCACUCUCACUGGCUCCUCCCCCUCACCUGUCCUUGGACAGGGGGAGAAGGUGGAGGGUCUCCAGGCCCAGGCUCUGUACCCGUGGAGGGCUAAGAAGGAUAACCACCUGAACUUCAAUAAGAGUGAUAUAAUCACUGUGCUGGAGCAGCAGGACAUGUGGUGGUUUGGGGAGGUGCAGGGCCUGAGGGGCUGGUUCCCCAAAUCCUACGUCAAGCUCAUCUCCGGCCCUGUGCGCAAGUCCCUCAGCAUUGAGUCAGGUUCAUCAGACAGCCCCCCCAGUGUGAAGAGGCCUACCCCCUCCCCCAGCAAACCCCUGGAACCCGGGGAAGAGUUCACUGCGAUGUACACGUACGAGAGCAGCGAGCAGGGCGACCUGACGUUCCAGCAGGGGGACGUGAUCACGGUGCUGAAGAAGGAGGGGGACUGGUGGACCGGGGCAGUGGGGGGCAGGACCGGGGUGUUCCCCUCAAACUACGUCAAACCCCGGGACUCCGAGGCUCUGGGACCUGCUGGGAAGACGGGGAGUCUGGGAAAGAAGCCAGAGAUCGCCCAGGUGAUCGCCCCGUACACCGCCACGGGGGCGGAGCAGCUCACCCUGGCGCCCGGCCAGCUCAUCCUCAUCAGGAAGAAGAACCCAGGUGGCUGGUGGGAAGGGGAGCUGCAGGCCCGGGGUAAGAGACGACAGAUUGGCUGGUUCCCAGCCAAUUACGUGAAGCUGCUGAGUCCCAGCACCAGUAAGACCACACCCACCGAGACUAUGCCUCCGAAAUUGCCAGCGCCCAAUGCAGUGUGUCAGGUGAUUGGCAUGUACGACUAUAUUGCACAGAAUGAUGACGAGCUCCCCUUCGGGAAGGGCCAGAUCAUCAAUGUGCUGAGCAAGGAGGACCCUGAUUGGUGGAAAGGGGAGCUGAAUGGCACAGUGGGCCUCUUCCCCUCCAAUUACGUCAAACUGACCACCGACACCGACCCCAGCCAGCAAUGGUGUUCUGACCUGCACCUGCUGGACAUGCUGACCCCCAUGGAGCGGAAGAGGCAGGGCUACACCCAUGAGCUCAUCGUCACUGAAGAGAACUACGUCAACGACCUGCAGCUGGUUACUGAGGUUUUCCAGAAGCCACUGCUGGAGUCAGAGCUGCUGACGGAGAAGGAGGUGGCUAUGAUCUUCGUCAACUGGAAGGAGCUAAUCAUGUGCAACAUCAAGCUGCUUAAGGCACUGCGUGUGAGGAAGAAGAUGUCGGGUGAGCGGAUGCCAGUGAAGAUGAUUGGUGACAUCCUGACUGCGCAGCUGCCGCACAUGCAGCCGUAUAUCCGCUUCUGCAGCUGCCAGCUCAACGGCGCCACCCUCAUUCAGCACAAGACAGACGAGCUACCUGACUUCAAGGACUUUGUCAAGAGGCUGGCGAUGGACCCGCGCUGUAAGGGCAUGCCUCUCUCCAGCUUCCUGCUCAAACCCAUGCAGAGAGUCACCCGAUAUCCACUCAUCAUAAAGAACAUCCUGGAGAACACUCCAGAAAGCCACCCGGACCACAGCCACCUGAAGCAGGCCCUGGAGAAGGCAGAGGAGUUGUGCUCACAGGUCAAUGAGGGUGUGAGGGAGAAGGAGAACUCAGACCGGCUAGAGUGGAUCCAGGCCCAUGUACAGUGUGAAGGGCUGUCUGAGCAACUGGUGUUCAACUCUGUGACCAACUGCCUGGGCCCACGCAAGUUUCUGCACAGCGGCAAGCUAUACAAGGCCAAGAGCAACAAGGAGCUGUACGGCUUGCUGUUCAAUGACUUCCUGCUGCUGACGCAGAUCAUCAAGCCCUUGGGCUAUUCUGGCUCUGAGAAGGUCUUCAGCCCCAAGUCCCACCUGCAAUACCGCAUGUACAAGACUCCCAUCUUCCUGAAUGAGGUGCUGGUGAAGCUGCCCACUGACCCAUCGGGAGAUGAACCCAUUUUCCACAUCUCCCACAUCGACCGUGUCUACACCCUGCGGGCUGAGAGCAUCAAUGAAAGGACGGCUUGGGUGCAGAAGAUCAAAGCUGCUUCAGAACUCUACAUAGAGACAGAGAAGAGGAAGAGGGAGAAGGCCUAUCUGGUGAGGUCUCAGAGAGCCACAGGCAUCGGAAGGCUGAUGGUGAACAUUGUGGAGGGCAUUGAACUGAAGCCUUGCCGCUCCCACGGAAAGAGCAACCCAUACUGCGAGGUGACCAUGGGGUCCCAGUGCCACAUCACCAAAACCCUGCAGGACACACUCAACCCCAAAUGGAAUUCUAACUGCCAGUUUUUCAUCAAAGACCUGGAGCAGGAUGUCCUGUGUGUGACCGUGUUUGAAAGAGACCAGUUCUCUCCUGAUGACUUCCUGGGCAGAACAGAGAUCCGGCUGGCUGACAUUAAGAAGGACCAGGGUUCAAAAGGUCCGAUCACCAAACGGCUACUUCUGCAUGAGGUUCCGACUGGGGAGAUUGUGGUGCGCCUGGACCUGCAGCUCUUUGACGAGCCUUGACCCCAGUGUCUACUAGUCGGGUCUCACCACUCCUGUUGGAGUUCUCAGAUGCCCCUCCUUCACACCUCAGUAUUCCAAGACCAUGUCCUGACCAAAUGGUCCCCACUGGUACCACGUGCGUGUGUAUUUCUGAAUGUGUGUGUGGUUGUAUGUGUAUGUAGUUGUAUGCGUGUUUGUGCCUGCAUAAGCUGUUAGUAAUGCUGUUCUUAAUGAGUGGUAAAGUGCGCUUUCUUUGUUUUUUAAUUAUUAUUAUUAUUAUUAUUAUUAUUAUUAUUAUUAUUAUUGUUAUUGUUAUUGUUAUUGAUCUUGUUUACAUUGCAAUGACAGAAAGAUCAGGGCCAUGUUUCACGUAUGUGGCUAACUGAGUUAACCCGAUUGGUUUUCUGACAUUUUGGGAUAAACCCAGAAUUUUGGGUUUACAGUUUAGCCCAAAUACAGUGUCUUAAGCCUGCAAAAACUUAUGUUUAAGUUUAUGUUAGCUGUAUAACAUGAACAUAGCCUAGAAAUCCACCUGAAGACAUCACACACACCAACAGCAAAAAUGAAGGCACCGUUGGUGGAGGCAGGAAGGAGAAAGAAUGACCUGUCACUGUGAAUGAUGGGGGAUCGAAUUAGCCUAGGGGAAAUUCCAAAAGGGUUUUAGAAGAGGUAUAAUAAACCCCUCAGAUACACCAAACAGCAUUGAGGUCACCAACUACAAGAAACCAUAACUUAUCACAUUAUGGUCACCAACUGUAAGAAAUCCCAAACAGCAGAGGUACCUGAGUGGUGAAGGCACACGUGUAAUCUUACCUGGUGCUACUGGAACGGGAUUAAUGUAAUGUCUUUAACCAUUUCUCUGUGCUAACAGUUAUGCACAGAAGGAGGAGACUGCUGUCCACCAGUAGUGUAGCUCUAUACAAAUCGCUGCCUAUCUUGGUAGAUGCGGACAUCCCUCUGACUUGCGUAGCCUGCAUAAAUACAAUUAUGUAUCCUGCUAUGACACUAGUGUAUAAGCAAGUGACUACAAGGUGCAGAUAUCCUGAGUUCUAUGUGUAUGUUAGGACCAUGAAACUGCCAGGGUUGCAGCGAUAAGAGUCAAAGAGGAAUGUCGGGUAAAAGUGAAUGCAAUUUAUUGUACAGUAUGUUAAUAAUGGCCAUAUACAAUGUGAGAUUGCUAUAUGCAUACAAUGCGUUGGAGACCGUGUUGAUGACUCUCCCCAAACCAUUCCACGUUUACCCUUAUAUACCCAAAAGAUAAAAGUGAAACACCUCACGUAAAGAUACAAUCAUGACAAAACAGUACUGAUCAAUGAGCCUGCUUGCACUAAAUUCAAAUUCAAAUUCAAAAUGCUUUAUUGGCAUGAAAUACACUUGUACUUAUUGCCAAAGCGUACACAUCACAUGUCUGUAAGAAUAUCACACUGGGUUAACCUUUGUAUCUGGCCGGGCGUAGACCCAUAGGUAUCGAAAUCUUUAGCCAGUUCCCUCACCACCAAAGCCCCCAUGACAUCGGCUUUCCAACAAUGCAAAACAUGAUUGCACUGUAUUACGGGGAAACUAAGUUUUACAUAAUGCUGAUCUAGCCGCAUGUUUUGCAACUGAGCACUGUCUCUUUAUCACAUGUGCUGACUCCCGGUCAGCACAAAGAACAGUCUGUUUUCCUUUGAAUGUCUGAUAAGUGGCAGACGUUUCAGAACUGCCCUACAGAAGUAAUAAAAGAUAAAGUGCACCUAGCACUAAUACAGGUGCUGCUGCAUCCAGGCACUGGUUUCAGAGCAGCUGCCUCCGGGGAUGCCUUCCACCAAUGGCCCGUUGGCAUUGUGGCGACAUUGUGCCUGUGUUGGGUUUUCUUUGGGUACUCCAGUUUCCUCCCGCAAGCCAUAAACGUGUAGGUUGGAAUACUUGGCGUGGCAUUCACUGGGAGAUGCUGCAAAAGAGCAUGCAUACUCAGUCAACCUACCCUGUACAAAUAGAGGUUAACAAAUAAAUUGUGCUGCAACACAAGCUCCUCAGCAGGGGUGCACGUUGGGGGUGCUAACCCCCAACUCCCCCCCCCCCCCACUUCCGCACCUCAGCCUUUUUCUUGUUGGCUAUAUUAUGAUAGUUUUGGGAGGUUAAACACUUACUUGUACAUUACCUAGUCGAGAAUGUAGAAUUACAAUAAAAAGACUGUCUGUUUGCAAUUAGUUUUCAUAUUUGACUUUGACUGACCGCCAGUUCCCUUCUGUAGCCGUUGUCACAUGCUCAUGGGAUUAAAAAUAAUGCAAUUCAAUGUUUCACUAUGAUGGCAUUAUCAGUAGGCACAACAGUCCAAAUAUUAGGAGUUAUCACCACUUCAAAAUUUAACAGAAUUAGCCAUUGAAUGAAAGUCUUCUUAUGCAUUUCAUUUAUCUGCAGUUCAAUGCCAAGCUUCCUCUCUCAUUUUGGCCACUCUGUCAAUGUUUGAUUUGCUUUUUAGGAUUGCUUUCUCUUCUUCAUAACCCUCAAUGAUGAGUUCUUGCUCUUUA